GACGGACGGCCGCGCGGCGCACGGAGCGGAGCAUCUAAGCGGCGCGCAAAAGGACGCGGACGCGACAAGGUUGUCGCAGCGGACGAGGAGCGCGGGAAGCGCGCGCACAUCUGCUGGGAUUGUUUUUUUUCUUCUCUUCACAAUUUACUCCUUUUUAUGUCGGAAUUACACGGCUCGGGUUGACAUUUUAUGUAUUUUUCUUGACAUUUUUACCCCCCCCCAACCCGGAUGGUGACAUUAUUUUUUUAAAGAAAUAAAAAUAGUAUCGACUCCACCGUGUUUAAGCUAGCUAGCAUGAAAUGCUACCUGGAUAUUUUGGCGUCUCUUUGGAGUGUUUAUGGUGGAAAACGCCGGGACAUUUUUUUUUUUUUACGAAAGUGACACCCUUGACCUCCUUACGUAAAUGUUAGCGUGACAUUAGUUGCCGGUUCAAAGCCCCUUUUUCCCCUCCUCCCGCCCAAUACACGGUCCGACUCACCUGAGCGCGCGCACGACUCAUAAUUGUGUGCGCGCGCACCGUCUGAUGAGUCCCGGUUCGCCGCCGAUACGAGAUAUCGUCACCGUCCUCUUCCCUCGCCGCCAUGUCGUCGUCGUCGCGCAAGAUUUCCUCGGAGUCGUUCAGCAGCUCGGUGGGCUCCGACUGCGGACUGGAGAGCCCCGGGGGGGACGGCGGGCUGCUGCUGCUGGAGCCGGCCGAGGAGCUCCGCGGAUGCCCCUUCUCCUCCGCCGCCUCCUCCGCCCACAGACCGCUGCUCUGGAACGGCCGCAGCCCCGCCGCCGACAGGCUGGCGUGUCCGGCGGGCGACGACAAGCCCGCAGCCGGCGUGCCCCACAAGAGGGCGACCCGGCGGAGGAGGGUGAACCUGGACUCGCUCGGAGAGAGCCUGAGGCGGCUGACCUCCCCCACGACACAGACUGUUCAAGAGGCUCUACAGAGAACUCUGAAGUUUUACAGACAACGAGACAUCAGGUGUCCGGACUCCAGCAGGCAAAGUGAAAGUAAGGAAGACAAGUGCCCUUUUCUAGAAAAUUCUGGCUCGGAAGAGGACGUUCUUCAAAUCCUGAACUACAUGGCCACCAUCCUCGGAGUGCCAUUCUUUUUGCUGCGCGAGCACUUUGGCGAGGAGUUCUUCGGCCUGUGCUUUGAGGAGAACGAACGCGUGCUGAGGGCGGUGGGCGGCAACCUCCAGGACUUUUUCAACGGCUUCGACGCCAUCCUGGAGCGCAUCCGGGCCUCCACGGGCCGCCGCGCCUCGUCCGAGAGCCCGUCCUUCCAGUGCAAGGACCCCCGCGUGGAGGAGAAGAGUCGCAGGAAACUGGACAAAGUGCGAGGCGGCGGGGGGAAGUCGCUGCUGCUGCACUGCUUCAACCCCGCGCCCGUGGUGGGACUCGUCAUGCCGGGAAUUAUCCGAGCCGUUUCCAGACGCAUCUUUCAUUCCGAAGUGGAAGUAGAAGAAGUGUCGCCGCUGACGCCCUUGUUGCCCUGUGAAGAUGGCGGUUCCGCCUCACCCACUCCCACCGCGUCCCCGUUUGCCUCACCCUCCUCCUCGCCGCCUCCUCCUUCCGCCUUCCCCAACUCCGCACCCACGGUUUGCCUGUCCUUCCAAAUUCAGGAAACGUGUCCCGCGCACCUCCUCCCCAAUGUUCGUUCUGGAGAAGCCCCUCCUUCGCUGUCCAACAACCCCAGCGACCUGCGCAUCAGCCUGGCCACCUUCUGCCGUGCCUUCCCCUUCCAUUUUGUCCUGGGCCCUCGGAUGGAACUCCUCCAGCUCGGGGAAGGACUGAGGAAGCAGGCGCGCCUGGAGCCUCAUCGAAGUCUCUCGUUCAGGGACUGUUUCGAGAUAGUCUCCCCCAAGAUGGAGCUUUCCUUCCAGAGGAUCCUACUGAGUCUCGCGUCUCCUUUCACCAUCCACACCAAGCCGGACGCCACGCAGGUCGGGAACAAGGAGAAGGUCAUGGAGUUGAAGGGUCAGAUGAUCCAUCUGCCCGAGUCCUCCUCCCUGAUGUUUCUGGGCUCACCUCGUGUGGACAAGUUGGAGGAGCUCAUGGGCCGGGGCCUCCACUUGUCCGACAUCCCCAUCCACGACGCCGCGCGGGACGUCAUCCUGGUGGGCGAGCAGGCCAAAGCUCAGGACGGCCUGAAAAAGAGAAUGGACAAACUCAAGGCCACGCUGGAGCGCACUCACCAGGCACUGGAGGAGGAAAAGAGAAGAACCGUGGACCUCCUCUAUUCCAUAUUUCCGGGCGACGUGGCCCAGAAACUGUGGCAGGGUCAGCCGGUGCCCGCCCGCAAGUUCGACGACGUCACCAUGCUGUUCUCGGACAUCGUGGGCUUCACCGCCGUGUGCGCCCAGUGCACGCCCAUGCAGGUCAUCUCCAUGCUGAACGAGCUGUACACCCGCUUCGACUACCAGUGUGGCAUCCUGGAUGUUUAUAAGAUAGAAACCAUAGGCGACGCCUACUGUGUGGCGGGAGGGCUGCACAAGAAGGUGGACAGUCACGCCAAGCCCAUCGCUCUCAUGGCUCUGAAGAUGAUGGAGCUCUCUGAGGAAGUGCUCACCCCCGACGGAAGGCCUAUCAAGCUGAGGAUCGGCAUCCACACGGGUUCAGUCCUGGCCGGUGUGGUCGGAGUGAAAAUGCCUCGGUAUUGUCUGUUUGGGAACAACGUGACUCUGGCCAGCAAGUUUGAGUCAGGGAGUCAUCCCAGGUGCAUCAAUGUCAGCCCUACGACUUACCAGUUGCUGAAAGACGACCGAUCGUUUUCCUUCGUCCCUCGUUCGCGUUUGGAGCUCCCCGAGAAUUUCCCUACGGAGAUUCCAGGUACGUGUUAUUUCCUAGAAGCGGGGACGUCCCACAGCCACGCCUCGUUGACCAGCUCUCGCUCCGCGCCCCCGGCCUCUAUGAGGAAAGUGUCCUACAGCAUCGGGACCAUGUUUCUAAGAGAGACCAGUUUGUAGGCGGCACGCUACCGAGGGCCGAGGAGGCGACUACCGUGGAAGCCAUGCGACAGGCAGGACAGCAAUAACACACCUCUGUGGAUAUGCAAAAACAACUCUGGCUCACAGCUGUGGAGCGAUACAAGAUAGUGGUUUCCCACAUGGACUCACUACCGAGGACUCAAUGAGAGGAGAAACUUGAACAUAGCUUUAAGUUGAGAACGUGAGAACAAGAUCUCUUCAGAAGAAGAACCGUCCUAAUCUAGAAACUGGGAUGCUUCAGCACAAUUGGACGCCGUUGCUACAGGACUAACCAUGAACGAACGGACUGUCUUUAUGGACGGGAACAGAACUGUUGGACUGUCUUUAUGGACGGGAACGGAACUAACCAUGAACUGUCGGACUGUCUUUAUGGACAGAAACAGAACUAACCAUGAACUGUUGGACUGUCUUUGUGGAAGGGAACAGAACUAACCAUGAACUGUCGAACUGUCUUUAUGGACGGGAAUAGAACUAACCAUGAACUGUUGGACUGUCUUUAUUGACAGGAACAUAACUAACCAUGAACUGUCGGACUAUCUUUAUGGACGGGAACAGAACUAACCAUGAACUGUCGGACUGUCUUUAUGGACGGGAACAGAACUAACCAUGAGCUGUCGGACUGUCUUUAUGGACAGGAACAGAACUAACCAUGAACUGUCGGACUGUCUUUAUGGACAGGAACAGUACUAACCAUGAACUGUCGGACUGUUUCAUGGACAAGAAGGACCACAGCACACCUCGAAUCACGUCCUGGCUCACCAUGAACGUUGAUGGCGGAGCAGUUGGACGAGGUAGAGGAGAGACAGAUUAAGAGAAAAUAGUUUUGAAUAAAGCUAAUAUUUGAAAAAAAGAAUAAUGCCAAAAAAUACUCGAGCCUUUUUCUGCUUCUAACUCACAGCAAACUGUAAUCAAUAAAACAAAUCCA